AUGCUCCUCGCCGUCUUCUUGCUCAUUUCUCUCUGCACAAUGGUCUCGACAACUGAUGUCACACUUACCGUUGAGGUGACCAAGAUCAGUGAUCCGAAAUGUGGAAAAUACAUGCAAAACCACAAGAAACCGGUUCUUAAGAUUAGAUAUGUGCGACUUUUACAUACAGCCUCGAACGACGAUAACGGUGACGAAUUUGUUUCAAACAUAUUAUGCCAGCCUAAAUCUAAUGGAUACAAUUCGGUAGAAGGAAAGUACACGUUCGAAUGCAUAUAUAAUGGGGCGCCACCCCCCUCCAUUAAUGCUUUCGUUUUUGCUGUAGGAACUGACCAACAGAUGAUGUCGUCUCAAAUCGAAUAUCGUUAUAAGGAGGACACUAUGAGAAUGUUCACUUUCUUGAACCCAGAUAAUGUGAUGACACAAAAGUUCACCCACAACUCCCAUUUGCAUAUUCGAAAUAUCACAUAUACAGUUAAUAAGAAGCCUCACUAUCUCACCGAUGAUAAUUGCCUCGAUAAAUACCCGGACAGUUUGAUUGCCGACCAUGGUCUGUAUAUCAGAAAAGGGAACGAGGAGACGUAUACUAGAAUUUAUUUCGAUCCAGUUGAUGCAGGAGAGAAAUUGGUCAAACCAGUGAUUAUUUAA